CAAAUAAUCAAACAAUGGAACCUCUUUUCCCAGAUAGCAAUGAUUCAGGGGAAGCCUCUAAAAGGUUAAAGAUUCUAACGGAGAACAUCACUUACCUGGAGAAAGAAAAUGAAGACCUACGCGAACGGGUGUAUGAUCUCGAGAACUCCCUUGGUAUCCACAAGUCGAUCAUGAACGAACUCAGUGAUGAUAAGAAGUUUGACCCUCAAGCUCGUUACUUCACAGAGCAGCUCAACCACGAGAGCGAGCUCUUGCACAAGAAGAUUGAGAAGCUGACCAGUGACAAGUCAGACCUCCGCUCCCGACUCGUCAUUGAAAAGCAAAUGGAAAUCAGGGACUCUGACCAAGAAGGCCAAGAGGUCAAAGCUCUUAAAGAAGAACUUCUAGAGAUGAGGCAGAACCUUGACCGUAAAGAGUACUUGCUUCAGUACUGAGAAGAGCGCAACACAGAAAUGGAAAAGCUCCUUAAGAAACGAGCACUUCACGAUGAAUACAUCAAGAAGAGGCUCAGCCAUCUUUCGAUCGAGCCCAACAAAGACAGAACUAUCAGGAAUGUAGUCGAAGAUUGCACCGCUCUCACUGAAGAAAAUGAAAGACUCAAGAGAGAUAACAAGUCACUUAAAGAACAGCUGGAUUAUGCUGUGAGCAACGCUGGAGACCAGAACCCGAAUGAAAUGACUGUAUUCGCAAACAACAUCAAGCCGAUUCCGCAGUUUGAAGAACUCAACAGGAUCCGCGACCAGACCAAGUCCAAGGAGCUUUACAUGCGCAAGCUCGAAGAAAUGCUGAGGUCAGCUCUGCAAAAGUGAGAGAAGUUCAAAGAUGACUUGACGGCCUCCAAGAGCGAAGUGUCGCUGCUCAAAGAGCGAGUAGAGUAUUUCGACCGUCUAAGCACCAAACUGCGUCAGGCUCUAGUAAAGUACAAAGGCAAGUGUGAAGACCUCGAAUCACGGAUCAAAGACCAGGGAGUCAAAGUCUGGGUCAAAGAGAACACCGGCUGUGCCAGAGUCAAGCCUGCAUCUGCACUCCAAGGCGACAACUCACAAGAAGAAACCAACUACAAAGACAUUGGGGAUGAAGACAUCGAGCUUGACCUCGCAGUUGCUGGCGAAGCUGGAGCACCAAACGACAAAUGUGAAGCCGAAGAAGUGCCUGAAGACGUAUUCGCACCUAAAGAUGACUCCAUCGAUAAGCACAAUGAAGGACCCGGUGGAGCUCCGCCUGGGUUCGGGUUCAUUGACCAGACCACCAUUUUGGUAGACCCAGAAGCAGACGACCAUGACAGUGCAGAUGAGGACCUCCACGAAUAAACUGGUGGUGCAACACAC